AUGGACCCGAUGACACAUCCCAUUAGCGAUGAAAAUGAGGGUAUCCUGAACCUGCGGCGGGAAACGGCCGCCAUCCGGGCCAUGAACUUGCCGCGAAACGGAUUUCCAAUAGUUUUUGUUCCUGGAUUUAGCGGUUGGGGGCGACCCCUUCUUGGAACGGUGAACUAUUUCGGCGGUUUUGAAAACCUGCCCUUGAUUUUGUCGCAGUUGGACUAUAACGUCAUUGUGGUUCGCAUUGGCCCUAUCUCAUCCAACAAGGAGAGGGCUUGCGAAAUCUUCGCGCAGCUCACUGCCGGAACGUUCGACCCUCCAGGCGCACCUCUCAACCUUGUACAAGCUGAUUUCGGCAUUAACCAUCCAACUCCAAACCCGGCAUUGCUCGUGAACGCUGAGACUCCUCGGGCAGUACUCUAUCAGGCUUCCGUAAACCAUGUCCCGUUCAACUGGCAAUGGAGUGAUGUCAAUAAGGUCAACUUUAUCUGUCACUCACAAGGCGGCACGACUGUCCGAUGUCUUAUCGAGCUACUAUCUGGAAUGAGUGACCCAAACCUAACAGCGUUUCUCGGUGUUAACCGCCAGCCCUGGGUCAAUUCCGUUGCCACCAUAGGCACACCACACAAAGGCACAACUGUGACAGACGUAGUAAAUGAUCUUAUUACCCCAGUCGGCUUAGAUCCAUUAGUGGACUUCAUCACCUCGUGCUCGUUUGAAGCCAGAGGGGACAGGGUUUACGACCUCCACCUGGACCAUUGGGGAUUUUCUCGUGCCGCAGGACAAACCUACCAACAGAUGCGUGUGGCUAUUGCCCCCGCAGUCAACGCUUGGUGGGUUGGACGAUAUAACGGAUUCUACGACAACAGUGUUCGGGGUAUAAACGCACUUGACUUGUUUGCACCGAAUCCUUCGACACAUACCUAUUAUUUCACAAUGUCUUUCUGUGCUACUACCCCAUUCCCGAAAGAAACCCUUACAGCACAGGAAAUCAAUGACUUCAUAACAUUAAUCCGUUAUUCCUUUAAUCCGUUCGGGGUGUUGGGGGUUGUUUUAGCUCCAUUCCAAUUUCUCGGCCCCUCAGCUCGUGCAGCAUUAGGUUGGAUGGUUGCCGUGGCGAACAACCAUCUCGGGCCUCUAGGAUAUUUCUCUCGGAUUCCUCCACCCGGCAAUCAGGUCCCCCGACCAGAUGUGCUCCCACUCCUGUCGUACCCUGCCUAUGCCAUGGGAGGGCGCAACAUACCACCUACAGUCGCGAUGCCAGGCAUUACAUCAGAGGAGUUUCAGCCCAACGAUGGCAUCGUCAAUACUCUAUCGAUGGAUGGCCCAAUGACCGGACCCGUGAACCAUGGAAGUUUUGCAGCUCAGGUCGCUGCAGGCGGUCUUGACAGCGCCAAGGCAACCUACUGGCAUUUGGGGCUGAACUCGACCAUUGAUCAUGCCGACCAAAUCGGGGCGUUUACAAAUCGUGCUACCAAUGACGAGGUCCAGGUGAUGUACAUGUUGCUUGCAGAGCUUCUGUGA